AUGACUCGGACACCCAAUGGCCAGAAUCGACUUGACCUCCAGUGUUUAUCUGUCAUUAGUGCCUCGAAAGAAAGUGUCACGAAAGAUCACGACGAUGGUUUUACAGGAGCCAAGACACCCGGUGAGAUUUCACAAGUACUCGAAGACGGAGCCAUCCGUCCUGGUGGGAUGCCAAAUUUAAUGAGUCGUGAUCAUAUUGGGCUCGUCUUUCAGUAUGCGGCCGUAGGUGUCGUCUACGGUAUGCUUCCUGGUACAGUGUAUCCCCUUAUGCAACAGUAUCUCAACUGUAGUGGUGCUCAGGUCUCUGCCGCCAAAGAACUCGUUAUCUUGCCAUGGAGUUUUAAGGUCUUUUACGGUAUUACGUCUGACUGUUUCCCAAUCUUCGGGUACCGUCGUCGUCCAUACAUGCUUCUUGGCUGGUCAAUUUGUAUUGGAAUGUUGUUAAUGAUGGCGUUUAUGCCAAUUGGCCCACCGUAUUACUCUGUUGCUUCCGAUCGUGAUGUCAACGUGGCCGACUACACACCAGAGAUUAAAGACCGUAUCAAUUACAGUGCCCCUAGUGAAGGUGCCAACAUUGUGUGUGAACUCGCCCAGCAAGAGCCUCUGGCCAAGCGAGGCAAAACUCAAUCAGCUAUUUAUGCAGUGCGUACGACUUUCGUGAUACUUGCUCCAGCUGUCCCAUUUACGUGGUUUUUUAUUAGAGAAGAGAAGGCCGAGCGUCUUGACUUUGGUUUAUAUAUCAGUGAUUUUUGGAAUUUAUUAUGCAAACGUGUAGUGUACCAAGUGAUUGCUCACCAUUUCUUUGCUGGAAUUUUUUCCAGUAUCUCGUAUACGGCAAGCUCCCCAAUACAAUCGUACCUGGUGGGUGUUACCCCAAUUAACAACACACUGAACGAAGUCUUAGGUCACUUAUGCUUCAUGACUGGUAUUAUGGUCACAUCAAAGUACGGACUUCAUUGGAACUGGCGUGCAAUGAUAGUUGUAACGGGAGCAAUUGUUAUUGCUGUGGACUGUUCGGUUGCGCUCAUUACCAUUUGGGAUAUCUUUCGUAACCAGUGGUUCUGGCUCGGCCCUCCUAUUGCUGUACAGAUCCCAAGUGGCGUUGCUUGGAUUAUUGCUCUCUUCGUUACGGUCGAAAUUGCUGGCACUGGUCAUGAAGGAGCCAUUUACGGUCUCAUGACAACUGUCGGAAAUUUGGCUGCACCAUUUGCUUCGACACUGACUCUAAUCAUCAAUGCACCGUUUGACAUCACCAAUGCUCGUGUGCAGAAUGAUGAUCGUUCGAUUCGUGAAGAUAUCACAUUUACAGUCAUUAUCUCGUAUGUUAUGACGAUCCUUUCGUGGGGAUUCUUAGUUUUACUACCACCUCAGAAAAAAGCGACUCAAGAACUUGCUCGCACAGGGGGUUCUAGCAAACUCUUGGGUGGUCUUACGGUCGCAUACCUGUCGUUUGCUCUGAUUUGGUCCUUAAUGGCCAACACCCUCGCUAUCUUUGAAAGUACUUCAUGCUUAUUGAUUGCUGGUGGUAGGGGCUGCUGA